AUCCAGAGUCAGCUGCUGCUGUUGCUACGGCGUCUGUGCACUCUCAUCGCGCGAAUCAUGGUGCAGAUACUUCGCGCCGUGUUGUUUCUCCGAACCGAGAAUCGGUCGCAUUGUCAGUUGACGCUAGGAGCAUUUCUAGUAGAACAGGAAGCUGGAGAAAACCAAGACUCGCAGAUAGAGCGUACACUUGAAAACCCAAGUGGAUGGAUGACGUCGCCGUUUUCGCUUCAUGUGAUCGACCUCGAAUACAUCAGCGUCUGCAGCUUCGUGAACAAGAGCCACGCAAAAAACGACUACUUACAAUUGGUGAAGAUUUUCUUCUACGUGUUGCAUCGCCUGGCCAGUCCCAUCCUGCGGCGAUUGCUCCAAGGCGUCGGCGAGGAAAAGUUUGUCGAAAGCCAGCAACUUUUGUGCCUCAGUGGCAAAAGCGACAUAGUGCGUGAAAUGUUUGUGAAGAGUCUGACAUCACCAGAACGUGGUCGCAGCGCUCCGCCUGCUGCUAGGGAUAAAAAUCCGACUGGGAGUGGAACCACUGGCGCGACUGCGACCACUCCAUCCACAACUUCCGAAGAAGAUAACUUCUUCCCAGAAGAUCAUGAUGAGCCUGAGUAUGUGGUUGCCGCUUUUUUCAAGAAGCGCGUCCA